UGUCUCUGUUUUUCGUGGCUGUGCCAAAGAGAGUGAGAAGAAAGCCGCCCGAGAGAGAGAAUCAUGUCAAGAGCACCGAAACUGGUUUUUCUUGCCGAAGUUUCGCCUUCUCCCCAAUCGCUUGUCAGUUCCUCGACGAGACAUUUGCCGUGUGGCAGCUUUUCCCUCCGCCGUGCGCUCUCGAGUCUCUCCUCCCCGCGAAAAGGAGGUUUUCCCGCGGCGUGAAAGCAUCCCAGAUUGUGCGUGCGUGACCGACGUGAGCUGUAGCACUUUCCACGCACGUGUCCAGUGCCGGCGAACAGCGCCCCAGAGCCAAACCAGUUGCCGUGGAGUUUCUGUACGGGAUUUAAGAUGAUGCGUCGAUUCUCGCGCGUGGAGUCCGCCGGCGAUCUGCUGGGCUACCUCGAUCGCGGCCACUCCGCCAACCGGGAGAACCGCUGGACGUUCGAGGUGGCGUGGGAGGCGGCGAACAAGGUGGGCGGCAUCUACACGGUGAUCCGCUCCAAGGCGUACGUGUCCACUGAGGAGCUGGGCGAUCAGUAUUGCCUCAUCGGGCCGUACAAGGACGCGUGCGCGCGCACGGAGGUGGAGGAGUACGAGUUCCCGCGCGGCAAUCCCUACGAGGCCGCCGUGAACGCCGUGCGCGCCAUGGGCUUCAAGGUGCACACGGGCCGCUGGCUGGUGGACGGCGCGCCGCAGAUCAUCCUGUUCGAGAUCGGCAGCGCCGCGUGGCGCAUGGACGAGUUCAAGGGCGAGCUGUGGAACGCCACGGCGAUCGGAGUGCCUCAUCUGGACAUCGAGUGCAACGACGCCAUCAUCCUGGGCUACAUGGUGGCCACGUUCCUGCGCGAGUUCAAGGACAGCGUGGAGCAGUACUCGCGCGAGAACGACCUCGGUCCGGCGCGCAUCGUGAGUCACUUCCACGAGUGGCAGGCCGGCGUGGGUCUGAUUGCGCUGCGCACGCGGAAAGUGGACGUCGCCACGGUGUUCACGACGCACGCGACGCUCCUCGGGCGCUAUCUGUGUGCUGGCAACACGGACUUCUACAACAACCUGGACAAGUUCUCCGUGGACGAGGAGGCGGGCAAGAGGCAGAUCUACCACAGAUACUGCCUCGAGCGCGCCGCGUCGCAUCUCAGCCACAUCUUCACCACCGUGUCCGAGAUCACGGGCUACGAGGCGGAGCACCUACUGAAGCGCAAGCCCGACAUCAUCACACCCAAUGGCCUGAACGUGAAGAAGUUCUCCGCCAUCCAUGAGUUCCAGAAUCUUCACGCCAUGGCCAAGGAGAAGAUCCAUGAUUUCGUGCGCGGCCAUUUUUACGGCCACUUCGACUUCAAUCUCGACAAGACGCUGUACUUCUUCAUCGCCGGCCGCUAUGAGUUCUCCAACAAGGGCGCGGACAUCUUCAUCGAGGCGCUGGCGCGAUUGAAUCACUAUCUCAAGAAUCAGAUGCCCGACGUCACCGUUGUGGCCUUCCUCAUCUUUCCCGCCAAAACCAACAACUUCAACGUCGAGAGCUUGCGCGGCCACGCCGUGACCAAGUCUCUCAGGGACACGCUGCAGACCAUCCAGCAGCAGAUCGGGAAGAGGAUGUACGAGACGUGCCUGACAGGACGUUUGCCGGAAUCGUCAGACAUUCUCAUGAAGGAUGACAUCGUGAAGAUCAAGCGCUGUCUCUACGCUCUGCAGCGCGAUGGUAUGCCCCCGAUAACAACGCACAACGUUGUGGAUGAUUGGAACGAUGCCGUCCUCAAUGCUAUCAGGCGUUGCAAUCUCUUCAACACGACCGGCGAGAGAGUGAAAGUCGUUUUCCAUCCGGAGUUCCUGAACUCCACCAAUCCUCUGUUCGGUCUGGACUACGAGGACUUCGUGCGCGGCUGCCACUUGGGCGUCUUCCCGUCGUACUACGAGCCGUGGGGCUAUACGCCGGCCGAGUGCACGGUGAUGGGCAUUCCCAGUGUCACGACGAAUCUCUCCGGCUUCGGCUGCUUCAUGCAGGAGCACAUCGCCGACCCGAAAUCCUACGGCAUCUACAUUGUGGAUCGGCGGUUUAUCAGCUUGGAGGGCAGCGUUCAGCAGCUGUCCAGCUUCAUGCUGGACUUCUGCAAGCUAAACCGCCGCCAGAGGAUCAUUCAGCGGAAUCGGACUGAGCGCCUCAGUGAGCUGCUGGACUGGAGAAAUCUCGGCAUCUACUAUCGCCAGGCGCGAGUGAAGGCGCUCCAGACCGUCUAUCCGGACUACGUGGACGAGGGUCCUGAGUAUCUGGAGCAUCGUGCCAACUUCAGCUAUCCCAGACCACUCAGCGCGCCGCCCAGUCCCAGCUCGUCCCGCAGAUCCACACCCGCGCCCUCGACUCACGGCUCGGGCGACGAGGACGAGGACUCUGUGGACGAUGAGCUGGAGCUGCAGGAGUUGGGCAUCAGCCGGAAUGACGAUUAGAAGGUGCUUCCGGGUCGCGCGCCAAGAAAGAGAGUGGAAUUUUAAUUAGACAAAACCUUGUGAUUAGGACCACGUUUUUUUUAGAUGAUACUUCUUCCUCUCGUUGCCAUACUACUCAAUAAGAUCAAGAAAAAAACACCAUGUCUGCCAGAAUUCCCCUAAGCAUAGUAUAAGUAAUAAGCUACGAGGUUGCUUCUUUUUGCAGUGAAACUGUACUUUUGGUUGUGUGUAUUGAGGUUCCACAAGAAAGAGUGAAAUACAGACAACAGCUUUAUUCAUUGAGA